AUGAAUACAGGAGUGAAACAGGGAAGAAUCAUGAGUCAGGAUGAUUCGACCCAGCCUCCUGGGUCGGAGGAUUGGACCCAGGAGGAUAGUGGCGCUACUACUCUGGUUCGUAGGGGAAGAGGCAAGAGGGGCAAAACAAUGGCAAAAGACAUUGUAAACAUGCCUAGUGGGGAAAAAAUUUGUAUUGGUGUAAACAAGUAUGGCCAAGCAAACUCUACAAGGACAGCCAAAAUAGCUACUUGGAUUGGGUUGUUAGCAAAAAACACCGACUUGUUACCAUUAACGUACCCUGAUUGGCGAAAAGUGCCGCAAGUGUACAAAGAUGAUGCAUGCGCCAAAGUCAUGGAGAAAUUUGACAUACCGGAAUCUAGCCGGAGUUGGAUCCUAGAGAAACUUUGUGCUCGAUGGAGGGAUUACAAAUCUCUACUGAAAUCUGAACAUUUUAAUAAGUAUGAGACGGAUUCAGAACGUAUGGCAAACAUUGAUCUGAAAUGUAUGUCUAAAGAACAAUGGGAAGCUAUGUUCAAGAUGUGGGGGGACAAUAACCAUUUGGAACUUUCACAACGAAAUAAAGAUAAUAAGGCCAAACAAAUAAUGCGCCAUACGACAGGAAGUACUUCCUUUGCAGUAUUACGUGAAAGGAAGAAAACUGAGCAUCCAGAACGUUUAUCUCCUUCUCGUAUUGAGAUGUUUGAUUUGACACAUAGAUCGACGAAGACUGGAAAUUUCAUAGACCCUGAAUCAGAAAGGAUAAUGAUAAACAUAGAGCUUAGUAAGAGAAGUGAAGAAGAUCAACAAAACCCUCAAGUCCGGAAGAAAUCUUCAAAGGUGCUCUGA